AGGACAGACUCCACAUUCCUCAGCUCAGAUGCUCCUCCUCUCAUCACGGUGCCAAACCCCUCUGUAGCGUUGCUCCACCACCUCUCCCUCCUUGUGUUCGAAGUAAAACAUGGCUGAAGUUGUCGCUCAGACCGACAGAAGAACCGAGGGCAUUGUGAUCAAAGAUGACUGGCCAGGAUACAGUCUAGAUCUCUUCAACUAUCCAGCUCAUUACUGCGGAGACUUAGACUGUGUCAUCAUCCCACAUGGCGUCAUUAUGGACAGGACAGAACGUCUUGCUCGGAACAUCAUGGAUGACCUCGGGGACCAUGACAUUGUGGUGCUGUGCGUACUAAAAGGAGGCUACCAGUUCUGCGCCGACCUGGUGGAACGGAUCAAGGCUCUCAGCCGCAACUCCAGCCACACAAUCCCCAUGAGAGUCCACUUCAUUAGGCUCAGAAGCUACCUGAAUGACCAGUCGACAAAAGAUCUUCACAUACUGGGAGCAGAGGAUCUGUCUUUUUUAGCUGGAAAGAACGUCCUGAUUAUUGAGGGCAUUGUUGGCACUGGAAAGACAAUGGAGACUCUCCUCAAGCAUGUCCAAGCCUUCAGACCCAAAAUGAUCAAAGUCGCAGGGUUACUGGUGAAGAGAGUGCAGCAUAGCUUAGCCUGCGUCCCUGACUAUGUGGGCUUUGAGAUACCCGACCGUUUUGUGGUUGGCUAUGCUUUGGACUACAAUGAGUAUUUUAGGGACCUCAAUCAUAUAUGUGUUAUCAGUGAAAGUGGAAAGAAGAAAUAUAAAGUCUGAAGCCAAGCGGCAACAGAAGGGGCCGUCAUCCGGAUGUCCUUUAAACAGCAAGCCCAGACAUUUCCACGGAGAUGCCAUUCUCUGGCAUGUGGCUGUGAUAGCAUCUCAUUUCUAAGCAUAGCUGAAGUAACAUUUCUUCGAACUAUUAUGUUUUUAGUUGAGUAGGCCUA